AUGCCUAGUACAGCUGUAUCAGCUGACAUUGAUCAUUCAUCAGAAUCUUCCACAACUUCGUCAUCCUCUUGUUCAUCAUUAUUAAUCACAUCACCGUCAGCAUCGUCAUCACAUGAUAGCUUAUUAAAUUCACGUCAUUCAACAAUUCAACAAGAAUCAACGCAUAAUACCUCAUUUGAUUUUCAUGAUUUCAACUUACAACUUCAACAAAUGUCCUCUACAUUUAAUAAUAAUCAUGAUACAACAGCUACACCAAAUGAAGAUGGUGGUAGUUUUGGAAUAUCUGCAGCAAUGAUAAGUAUGAUGGGUUUUGAUCAAGAACAUGCAGCAUAUGCUAGAAAAAGUCAGAAUAUGACAGAAUGUGUUCCCGUACCAAGUUCGGAACAUGUCGCAGAAAUUGUUGGACGUCAAGGAUGUAAAAUAAAAGCAUUACGUGCCAAAACCAAUACUUAUAUCAAAACGCCGGUUAGAGGAGAUGAACCUGUAUUUAUUAUAACUGGUCGUAAAGAAGAUGUUCAUUUGGCUAAAAAAGAAAUAUUAUCAGCCGCUGAACAUUUUUCACAAAUACGUGCAGCAAGAAAACAACAAGGAAAUAAUCAAAAUAUUACAAGUAGUGGUGCUACUAAUAAUAACAAUGGCAACAAUAAUAAUAUAAUGCAACAAAAUUCAUUAUUAUCCAUUAAUAAUAAUAGUAAUCAUCCAGGUGGUCUUACAAUGCCCGGUAAUUUAACGACAACAACGACGAUGACAAAUAAAAAUAAUAAUCAUGUUUUACCAUCAGCUUCGAUUUCAUCGACAUCGACAACAUCUUCGAGUUCGUCUCUUCCAUUAAUACAACAGACUUCAGUUUUAUCGCAAUCAUCUACAUCACAAACAACCAUACAAGUUCGCGUUCCAUAUCGUGUAGUCGGAUUAGUUGUUGGUCCAAAAGGUGCUACCAUUAAACGUAUUCAACAGACAACAAAUACGUAUAUUGUUACUCCAGGUCGUGAUAAAGAGCCAAUAUUUGAAAUAGCUGGUCUACCAGAUAAUGUUGAAGCAGCGAAAAUUGAAAUCGAAAGUCAUAUUGCUGUACGUACGGGCAAUACUGAUUAUUCUGGCAAUCAAUCCCCUACAGGUUUAAAUGAACAACAAAGUAUUAUUAAUCCGGCAAAUAUUUAUGGUAAUUUUGUUGGCUCAAAUGGAGAUAAUGAUUAUGAUCAUUUGUACGUUGGUAGCAAUAGUAGUUUACUUGGAAAUGGAACGGAUAUAAUCGAUUUAAAUAAUCAUUGUUCAAAAUUAGGUAAAUUAUCAUCGAUUGUUAACAAUAACAAAUUAUCGUCAAAAUUUAGUCAUCAUUUAUCGUUACCAUUUCAUCCCUCAAGCCCACAUCAAUCACAUCGGCCUGCAGAUAUGUCAUCUGGCUCAAACAAAACAAUAUCAGGAAAUUACCAUACACUAUCACAGUCAAAUUAUUUUCCAUUAAAUGAUUUUUCAUCAACUGCUGCAUCCAUUACAAAUGGAACAAAUUCAUCUUCAUUUGAUCAUUUACUAUGUGAUACUUCAUCACCCACAGCAACAUCAAUAACAGCACAGAAUAAUAAUAAUAAUAAUGAUAAUAAUAAUGAUUUAACAACAAUUUUAGAUGGUUUAAAAACAAAUUCAUCAUUAUAUGCUGACACAAUAUCAUCAACAUCUUCCUCUGUUUCAUCAUUAUGGCCAACAGCUUCUUCAUCAGCAUCAAAUUUAUUUUCAACGACGAUUACUUCACCAGUACCAACAACGAAUGAUGCCUUAGCUCAAGCACAGAUGUAUGGUGGUGCAAGUGCGACUGCAUAUUCAUUUUAUAUGCCAAAUCGUAGUCGCAGCGAAUGUAGUAUCGAAUUGAAUAAUAUGAGAAAAUGUUUAUCACCAUUUGCUUCACUUAAUGGCGGUGGUGUUGAUGCCGUGGAUAAUAAUAAUCCUUCGGGAAAUUUUCUUAUGACAAAUCAACAAACAAUUGAUACAAAUAAAUCAUCGGUACGUCGUAUGCAUAGCGAUCCAUUAGUUAAUAAUUAUUCAUAUUUACAAUUCAUAUCAACACAGGAAAAUUUUCCACUUAUGUGUAACACAACUGAUAUCAAUAAUAAUUCAUUGAUCGAUGCAUCCUCAUUAUUAUUAUCUCCAUCAGCAGCCGAUAUAGUUCAACAAGAUCUAUUUUCAGGUGUACCAUCAUCUACCUCAACAACAACAAGAUCAAUGACACCAACAUCAGCUGCAUCAUUGAAUGAUCAACAAUCAUCAUUGAAUACUUUAUUUGCUCAUGCAGUUCAACGUCGUUUGAAUGAAUCAUCAAACAGUUGUAAAACAAACACAACCACUACAAAUUAUUUAUCACCCUCGUCAUUUAACUAUCAACCAUGUUCACAAUGUGGUCAAUUAACAUUGACUUCAAUGACACAAUGUGGUCAUUUCUGUUAUUGUCUUGAUUGUGCUGCUCAUUCAUCAACAACAAAAUAUUGUCCAUUAUGUAAUAAUAAUACAUUUGGUGCUCAACAUGUCACAACAUAUUAA